GCGCACUUUCCUUGAGAAAAGUUUCUAUAGAACGCAAAAAAAUACUUUUGUACCGGACAGCCUUCGGAAAGAAUUGAAGACGUAUUGAAGAAUACAUUGGCAUUGUAUUUAGUGACUUUUAUCAUGGGAUGAGAGAAGCCUGCUGCAGAAGCCAAGUAGCCUACAAACACAGGAUGGAGAAGCAAGCAACUUUUAAGGAAAAGUUUUCGAUAUUCGGCUCACGGACAGUUGGCAGAGCUGCACGGCGUGUAGCUGAAGAGGAAGGGGGCCGAUGUGGCCUCAGCAAGGCAGAGUUCAUGGAGAGAGUUCAGCAGAGCAACGAGGCGUGCCAACGCGGUGACUUCCAGGCUGCCGUGAGUCUCUAUGGCGAUGCCCUGCGAGCCGACCCACAGAACUGCAUCCUCUACAGCAACCGCUCAGCAGCCUUUCUCAAACUGGGACGCUACCAGGCUGCCCUGGAUGACGCUGUCAAGGCCCGUCUACUCAACCCCAAGUGGCCCAAGGCUUCAUUCUUUGCAAAUGGAAUGCUGUCACACUCUUGA